CGUGUACAGAUCUCAAAAUGUUCUAUUCUGUUCUAUUCUUCGCUGUGUCUUUUAGCUGUGUACUCGCUAAUAGCAAUGAGAUUAAGGAUGGCGGAUCGGAUAGAGGAGCUCACAGCGACCGAGCAGGCCUGUGGUUUGGUCCCAGACUCGGCAAACGGUCCUUAAGAAUAUCCACUGAAGACAACAGACAAGCAUUCUUCAAACUAUUGGAAGCAGCGGACGCAUUGAAAUAUUACUACGACCGAUUGCCUUAUGAGAUGCAGGCAGACGAACCUGAAACUCGAGUUACCAAAAAAGUAAUAUUUACUCCUAAGUUGGGAAGGAGUUUGGCUUACGAUGAUAAAGCAUUUGAGAACGUUGAGUUCACGCCACGAUUGGGAAGACGAUUGGCUGACGAUAUGCCUGCGACGCCUGCUGAUCAAGAACUGUACAGACCAGACCCCGAUCAAAUUGACAGCAGGACGAAAUACUUCUCACCAAGACUCGGCAGGACGAUGAAUUUCUCACCACGACUUGGCAGGGAAUUGUCCUAUGAAAUGUUACCAAGCAAGCUAAGAAUGGUCAGGAGUACCAACAGAACUCAAUCGACGUAAAUCUGACACAAGAGCCCGCCAUUAAAAAUAUAACCUAAAAAUUUAACAAACUAUUGUAUAAUGUAAAAAUAAAUCGCUAUUUUGGACGAAAUAAUGUACUGUUUUUGUAUUAAAUACGUAUUUAGAUAAUAUAAUUUAGUAUUGUAAGAAUAAAUGAGUUUAAUGUAAUU